AUGUCUGUGGAUCUCAGCCCUCCCGAGCUGGGCUUCAAGCGUCCUUUCACCCACGAGGUCAGUCAGGUCCUGCGCCUGUCCAACCCAAACCACGAUCCUGUCGCCUUCAAGGUCAAGACUACAGCACCCAAGCAAUACUGUGUUCGUCCGAACUCUGGUCGUAUCGAGCCCGGCGGCCAUGUCGAAGUCCAGGUCCUGCUCCAAGCGAUGAAGGAGGACCCACCGCCAGAUGCCCGAUGCCGCGACAAGUUUCUCGUCCAGUCCGUUGCCAUCUCCGCCGAGAACGAUACCCCGAAUGUCACACAGGUGUGGGCAAAUAUUGAGCAGACAGCUAAAAGCAGCAUUCAAGAGAAGAAGAUUCGCGUCAACUUCCUCCCAGCAGACGGCCAGGCAACUCCAGCUGUCGGCGGUCUCGCAGCCACAAACGGCAUUGCGCAUCACGGCGACGAGCCUCCAGCCUACGACUCUCCAUCGCCUGUCGCUGUAACACCGCAACGACCGAUCGCCGCAUCCGCUAGCCACGAGAAGAGCCCCGCAUACGACAACGCACACUCUGAGAUCGGGCAACCACAGUCUACGCUCGGCGCAGCAGGCGCGGCCAUCUCGAACGCGACCGGCAUCUCUCAAGACGACCUACGACGCCAACUCGACGAGGCAAAGGCUACCAUCAGUAGGCUACAGAAUCAGGCAUCAGAGGGAUUGCGGCAGCGCAAGACGGGCGGAGAGACAACCACAGCACAAAAGUCGAGCCCAGGCAUCCAGAACGCACCUCCAGCUGGCGGCGUCCCUGUCCAGAUUGUGGCCGGUCUGUGUCUGCUGUGCUUCCUCAUCGCCUAUCUGUUCUUCUAG